GGCGCGGAGCUCGGGCGGCUGCCGAGGAGCCCAGCCCCGGCCGUGGGAGGCGUGGGGGCGAGGGGAGCAGAGCCGCCCGGAGACGCGCCCCGCGUUUCCUCGCACAUCCGGGUGCCCGGCCGCUGGAAUCAGCGGUCCACCGGGUCCAGACAAAAUGAAAGACCGACUUGCAGAACUACUGGAGUUGUCCAGGAGCUAUGACCAGCAAUUCCCAGACGGGGACGAUGACUUUGACAGUGUUCGUGAAGACAUCGUGUUUGAGACGGACCACAUGCUGGAGUCCUUGUACCGGGUCAUCCAGGACAUUCAGGUUGAAAACCAGCUGCUGAUGGCCGAUGUGAGGCGGCUGGGGAAACAGAAUGUCCGCUUCCUCACAUCCAUGCGGCGCCUUAGCAGCAUCAAGCGUGACACCAACUCCAUCGCUAAGGCCAUCAAGACCCGAGGCGAGGGUAUCCACCUGAAACUGCGCUCCAUGAAGGAGCUGGGCGAGGAGGCCGAGGCCCGGCACGGCACCCAUUCGGUGGUGGCGCGCAUCUGGCACGCACAGUACAGCGCGUUGGCCCUUGCCUUCCAGCAGGCCAUGCACGAGUACAACCAGGCAGAGAUGAAGCAGCGCGACAACUGCAAGAUCCGCAUCCAGCGCCAGCUGGAGAUCAUGGGCAAGGACGUGUCGGGUGAGCAGAUCGAGGACAUGUUCGAACAGGGCAAGUGGGACGUGUUCUCCGAGAACCUGCUUGCGGACGUGAAGGGCGCGCGGGCUGCUCUCAACGAGAUUGAGAGCCGCCACCGCGAGCUGCUGAAGCUGGAGAGCCGCAUCCGCGACGUGCACGAGCUCUUCCUGCAGAUGGCAGUGCUGGUGGAGAAGCAGGCGGACACGCUGAAUGUCAUCGAGCUCAACGUACAGCAGACCCUUGACUACACCGGCGAGGCCAAGGCGCAGGUGCGCAAGGCAGUGCAGUACAAGAAGAAGAACCCGUGCCGGACCAUCUGCUGCUGCUGUUGCCCGUGCAUCAACUAGCAGCUGCCCCUGGCGGCCACUGCUCGUCCCCUGCAGGAACCACAUCCAGGACCAGUGCCAAAAGACCAGGCCAUCUGUACUGUGUGGAGAGAGAGGGUCCCAACUCCUUAUAGAACUCAAAGGGAGAGAAAGAAGUGGGAGGUGCAAGACUUCGAACCCAACUCUAGCCUGGAAGGAUAGUCGCUAACUUCCAGUGGUUCUUUAAUGGAGAAAGAUACCUGCUGAGGUUAUGGGACGUCACCUUAUGUCGCAUUGUACUCUGCAUCCCAAAAAAGGAACGGAUGUGUUCCAAUGUUGUAAUGACUGGAGGAGGAAGUCAAUUGGUAUCUAACAGGAUGAACACAUGAUUAAAACUUACCUUCCUUCACCCUAUCCUGAAAGUUCCUUGGUUCUAUUCCAUUUUGAGUGGUGUUGACCGUGGGUAAAACUGGACUUCUUUCACUUCUGAUCCUUCAUCUGAUUUAUACUGUGUGAUUCCUGCCUACGUGGAAACCUUUUCUCUGUCACUUCCCCUACUUAUUAAAAUCACACUGAACACUUACAAUUCCCUUAUCUAUUUCGCCUUUUACACCUUUCACCAGAUAUGUAUUUUGGGAUAAUUUUUCCAAAUAUUUUUACGUGCUCAAUGUUGAACAAGCACUCAGACUGAAGUUUGUGUCAGACACAUUUUCUGUAUUUUUCACAGAUAACAUUUAUUUAAAAUUUAUCUUUUUACUUUGUUUCAUAUAAACAUAUAUGCAAUUUUAAAAUAUUAAUAUUCACUCACAUGUGAACAUCCCUCUGUGUUAACUUAGCCUUUGUAAAUUCAGUAUGUAAAUAACAAAUGCACUUUUUCUGGCUGUUGGUGUUGGCUUGAUUUUUCCAAGUUUAUCUCAUUCUUUCUAGUCUGCAGCUCCAUAGUCCAGUUUGAGUCAGACUUUACUUUGAACAAUUGUGUGCUGGUUAUUAGUAGACAGCAACAGGCAGUAGACAGGCAUUGAAAGUUGAAAACACACAUAACUAGCGAUACUAAAAAGCUGG